AUCGGACUCUUUUAAGAGACGGACUUAAAAGACAUAACAGUUACAGGAGGUGUGAAUUGUGUUGUUUUGUAGAGAUUUGAGGAGGUUUUCUCACUGAAAGCUCUUUGAUUGGCUGGAAUGGCUCUCCCGGGUGUUAACAAGGAUAACAUUCGAGCUGGAUGCAAAAGAUGUGGCUAUCCGGGUCAUCUUACAUUUGAGUGUCGGAACUUUGUGCGGGUGGACCCGAGGAAGGAUAUUGUUCUGGAUGUGAGCAGCACAAGCAGCGAAGAGAGCGAAGAAGAACAGGAAGCUGUCGAUAAGGACAAGAUCUUUGGGAGCAGCCAUUCUAAAGGUUCCCACGAGGAUUCAAAAAAGGAAAAACAUAAAAAGAGAAGAAAAGAAAAAUCCCAUCGAAAAGCAAAAAAGAGGUCUUAUUCAUCCAGUGAUGACGACGACGACGAGGAGAGCAGGAAAAAGAAAAAGCAUAAAAGCCAUAAGAAGAAAGACAAAAAGGAGAAGAAAGAGAAGGAGAAACGGCGCAUGAAAAAGCGUAAGAAGAAACACACUCAGUCCUCCUCAUCGGACAGCUCCAGCGGAUCUUCAGACACAGACUGAAAAAUAGCUUGUUUUAAUGCAAGCUCACAAAGGACCACAUUCAGUACAGCAUCUUUUCUGAAGCAUACACAACAGGCAUAUGGAUCAUUACUUGUAAAACAUUGCGAGCUAAAGAAACCCAAAAGGAAGCAAGUUUUCAGAGCCAUGUGUGAAUAUGUUACUGUUAGAACAGUGCAUUUUUCUCCUGUAAUAAGUAGCCGUGUUCUCGUAAACAGUUUCUUUUUAUCGGUGCUGGUUGGAAAAUGAUCUUUUCUCACUGUAUUUUUCAUGCUAUUGUAUGAUUUUUGUACAGAAAUUAAAUAAAAAAAAACACAUGGCUGUUACAUUUA